AUGAAUUACUCACGAAGAGUGCAAAUAAAAAAACCAAUAGUAAGUAUUACAAUGAAUAGUUUGAUGAUUACUACCCUUAGUCAAAUAAUUAUAUGUCAUAGCUAUCCAAAUCAGUGAGUCCUAUUAACAAUACUUAGACAAAUUUUCAAUCAAGCUCAUUAUAAUAUUCUUCUUACAAUUCAUUGUACUUAUUAAUAAUGAGUAUCUAGAACUUAAAGUAGAUAAAAGGAAAGAAUAUUUUAAUAAAAGAAAAUACCUAUUAGCAUUCAAAAAAACUCAUUGUUUGACCUUAAAUCAUCAAAGAUGUCUAAUUCUAACAUGUAUUCAACUAUUGGAGUUUCUGAAUUUGAUAAACCAUUACACUUUUAAACAGAUUAAUUAAUUUAAAGACCUGUUACAAUAGAAUCUUAACCAAAAUUAUAAGAAUAAAAUAAUAUUUAAAAUUUUGCUCCAAUAUUAGAAGAAAAGAAUGAUAGAUUCAUAAAAAUAGGAGUAGUCAUUAUUAUAGUGUUAUUAUUAUUAAUAGGCAUUCUCAAAUUCAAGUGA